CUGGCAACCCUGCUCGAGAUAACAAGAACACCGACCGGGAAAAGGGGCCAACAUCCAGGGUUUUUUUUAAAGUGACAAAACUCGCGCAUUUCAUCUACUCCAUAUCGGCUUUACAGGCAAAAACUUAAACCGAAACGAAUACGUUUUGGGGGGAAAGCGUUGUUUGUUUUUUAACUGGGAUUUUUGUACAGUUUUUAGUCAUCCUUUUCCCCCCACUACGUUUCCUUUUGGAUCAUUACAGCGAGCUGCUUUUCUUCUUCUGGACGGAUCCAGUGAUGUGGCUCGAGACCUCCUAACAAAACUCUAGGAUUAGAAAUGAAGUAUUUCCACAUUUUCAAAUUUUGACGUUUUCUUUUGGGAUUUUCGUGCCUUAAGUCCCACUUUUACUUAUCGCCAAGUUUUAACAUUUUAAAAGGCCCAAACCCGGUGUUUGGUCUGGCUUUAACGGUAGUUAGCGAGCGAGCUGGCUAAACUUGGAGCUAACACGGUGCUAAUUUAGCUUAGUGACAAGAUUUUUUUUUCCCCCUCCGUAAAACAAUAUUUAUAUAAACGAGAAUGGUUUUUAGAGCACAGAUAAUAUAAUAUAAAUUGUUUGUUUUGUUUUAGGUUAUAUGUUUUUUUUUUUUUUUUUUUAGUUUUUAAGUUUUUUCUAGGGAGAGAGAGUUAUGUAUUCUUCUUGAAGCUGGUAGUAACGGUAGCUAACUAGUUUAGCAUUAAGGGAAUAAUGUCACUCUGGAGUGAUUGAGGCCCUUGUCCUAUUUUCUUUAUCUUUUUUUGGAUUAAAUCCGUUCGAUGGAUUCGGUGCGUUUUUGGAUGGAUUGGAGGAGGACAAGCUGCAACUGAAACCUGCAUUAAAAACUCCUGACUGCUGAUUUAAAGGGGCUGGUUUUUUAGAUCUGUAUUCAUCUUUCAAACCCUGGCUGAAAACCCCACAGCAGUGCUGCGAAGAUGAUGUGCGAGGUGAUGCCCACCAUCAGCGAGGCAGAGGUGGGGAGUAAUGGUGGGGGGCAGGGCUCCGGGUCUCCUCACCAAUCGGAUUCCGAGGGGCAUUUCGAGUCUCUGAUGGUGUCCAUGCUGGAGGAGAGGGACAGGCUACUGGACACGCUCAGAGAGACACAGGAGAAUUUGGGCCUGACGCAGGGCAAACUGCACGAGGUCAGCCACGAGCGAGACGCCCUGCAGAGGCAGCUCAACUCUGCCCUGCCUCAGGAGUUUGCAGCACUGACUAAGGAGGUGAACAUAUGCCGGGAGCAGCUGCUAGAGAGAGAAGAAGAAAUUGCUGAGCUAAAGGCUGAGAGAAACAACACACGACUGCUGCUGGAGCAUCUGGAAUGCUUGGUGUCCCGUCACGAGCGCUCCCUCAGGAUGACGGUGGUGAAGCGUCAGGCUCAGAGUCCAGCCGGAGUCUCCAGUGAAGUGGAAGUUCUCAAAGCCCUAAAAUCCCUCUUUGAGCAUCAUAAAGCCCUGGAUGAGAAGGUGAGGGAGAGACUGCGUGUCGCUCUGGAAAGGUGCAGCUUGUUGGAGGAGCAAUUAACGGCUUCUCAUAAAGAGAACUCCUUAUUGCGAGAGCAGAACAAUCAGAAGAAACUGCUGAUCGAUGGCACAGCAGAAAUCAACCACAACUCUGAAAGCACACCCAGCACCAACGGCAAGAGAUCAUCAGAUGGCUCUUUGGGUCCUGAUGAAGAGGUGGGAAAGGUGCCAGAGCUGCAGGAGUUGAUGGACAGACAGAGCAAAGAGCUGCUGCAGAUGAAGGAGCGUGUCGUUUGCCUGAGCAGCAGAGUGAGCGAGCUUGAGGAGGAUCUGGACACAGCCCGCAAAGACCUCAUCAAAUCGGAGGACAUGAACACUCGCCUCCAGAGGGACUUACGAGAGUCUCUCGCUCAGAAGGAUGACAUGGAGGAGAGGAUAACGACGCUAGAGAAACGCUACCUGGCUGCUCAGAGAGAAGCGACAUCUGUUCACGACCUGAAUGACAAACUCGAGAAUGAACUCGCGAACAAGGAGUCUCUCGUCCGCCAGACGGAGGAGAAGAACAGGCAGCUGCAGGAGCGGCUCGAGCUGGCCGAGCAGAAACUCCAGCAGACCAUCCGCAAAGCCGAGACGCUUCCCGAGGUGGAGGCGGAGCUGGCUCAGAGAGUUGCCGCCCUCAGCAAGGCUGAGGAAAGGCACGGCAACGUGGAGGAGCGCCUGCGACAGAUGGAGGCUCAGCUGGAGGAGAAGAACCAGGAACUGCUCAGGGCUCGUCAGCGCGAGAAGAUGAACGAAGAGCACAACAAGCGUUUGUCCGACACAGUGGAUAAACUUCUCUCCGAGUCCAACGAGAGGCUUCAGCUGCAUCUAAAGGAGAGAAUGGCUGCUCUGGAGGACAAGAACGCCCUCAUCCGCGAGCUAGAGCACACAAAGAAACUGAUUGAAGAGUCUCAGCAUGAAAAGGAGCAGCUUCUGAUCCAGAUCGAGACAAUGCAAUCGGAGAGCGAUCAAGAUCGCAGCAGGAGCAACUCCUUGCUACACCAGGGACGCUCUCACAUGGGCAGCACACCAGACUUCAGGUACCCGGUCUCUGCAUCCUCCAUGAUUGACAGCCAUUCUGACCAAUACAGCAGCUCUCUGGUGCUGAGACGACCCCAGAAGGGGCGAGCCGCUGCUCUGAGGGAUGAGCCCUCCAAGGUGCAGACUCUGAAUGAGCAGGAGUGGGAGCGUGUACAGCAGGCUAACGUCUUGGCCAAAGUGGCGUAUGCGUUUGAGAGCGACAUGGACGUGUCCGAUUUGGAGGACGACCGAGACACCGUUUUCAGCUCAGUGGACUUGAUGUCCCCUGCUGGACAGACAGAUGCACAAACGCUCGCUAUUAUGCUGCAGGAGCAGCUUGAUGCCAUCAACAAUGAGAUUAGAAUGAUUCAGGAGGAGAAGGAGAACACGGCUCUGCGAGCCGAAGAGAUCGAGUCGAGAGUCGGGAGCGGUGAAAGUCUCGGUUCACGGUUCCGCUCCAUGAGCUCCAUCCCGCCUUCCUCAUAUGGUUCCCCCCAUCCCGGCUCUGCGCAUUCUGGCUCCUCCCCUCCAGGUUCAGGUCACUCCACCCCUCGGCGAGUUCCGAACAGAGAGAUUGACCGCAUGGGGGUCAUGACCCUUCCUAGCGAUUUGCGGAAGCAUCGUAGGAAGCCGCAGGAUGACAAAGCUUCUAUCAGAUGCGAGACUUCUCCUCCGUCUACUCCUCGCUCGACGAGGCUCAAUAAGGGAGGACACGCUGCCAGUCACGAGGACAUCCGAGACAUCCGAAGUAUUUCUGCAAUGCAGGACGGUCAGGGCAGUAACCCCAGCAGCAGUAACAGCAGUCAGGACUCCCUCAACAAAACGGCAAAGAAGAAAAGCAUCAAGUCUUCCAUCGGCCGCUUCUUCAGCAAAAAGGAAAAAGGAAGGCCGAGUCUUCCAGGAAAAGACUCUUCCAGCCCAGGAGGAACUCCAGAGGGAGAGGCUUCCCAGGAUUCAGUGGGGCUGGGCAAACUCGGAGGCCCUGGCGAAAAGAACAGGAAGCUGCAGAAGAAGCAUGAAUUGCUGGAAGAAGCUCGCAGGCAAGGGCUUCCUUUUGCCCAGUGGGAUGGACCUACUGUAGUCUCCUGGCUGGAGCUGUGGGUUGGCAUGCCAGCGUGGUACGUGGCAGCCUGCCGUGCCAACGUGAAGAGCGGAGCCAUCAUGUCUGCUCUAUCAGACACCGAGAUCCAAAGAGAGAUCGGCAUCAGUAACCCACUGCAUCGCCUCAAACUGCGUCUCGCCAUCCAGGAAAUCAUGUCAUUAACCAGCCCUUCGGCUCCACCCACUUCCAGAACGUCCACGGGGAAUGUGUGGGUUACGCAUGAGGAGAUGGAGAGCCUGGCAGCUACACCACCCACGGAGGAUGACGAGGGCAGCUGGGCCCAGACUCUCGCUUACGGAGACAUGAACCAUGAGUGGAUCGGGAACGAGUGGUUGCCCAGCCUUGGUUUACCUCAGUAUCGCAGUUACUUUAUGGAGUCUCUAGUGGAUGCACGUAUGCUGGAUCAUCUGACCAAGAAGGACCUGCGUGGCCAAUUAAAGAUGGUGGACAGCUUUCACAGAAACAGUUUCCAGUGUGGUGUGAUGUGUUUGAGGAGGCUAAAUUAUGACCGGAAAGAACUUGAGAAAAGACGAGAGGAAUCCCAGCUGGAGGCUAAAGAUGUCCUGGUGUGGAGUAAUGAGCGUCUCAUUAAAUGGGUUCAGUUUAUUGGGUUGAAGGAAUAUGCACACAACCUGCAGGAAAAUGGUGUGCAUGGAGCGCUAGUGGCCCUCGAUGAAACUUUUGAUCACAACACACUCGCCCUGCUGCUGCAGAUCCCCACUCAGAACACACAGGCAAGAUCAGUGCUGGAGAGAGAGUACAAUAACCUGCUUGCUAUGGGAACGGAGCGAAAACUAGAUGAGGAUGAUGAUAAGAAUUUCAGGCGAGCUCCAUCCUGGAGGAAGAAGUUUCGGCCCAAAGAUGUCCGCGGCUACAGCUCCGAUACACUGCCUGCUAACUUCAGAGUGACCAACAGCACAUCCACUUCACCUGCCAUUCAGCCAAAGAAACACCAGCUGGACGGAAGUGUGAGUGGCGUUCAGAGGCUCGACUCUGCUACAAUCCGAACGUAUUCCUGCUAACCCAAAGCCAGGUUUAUGCUCAUUAUCUCUAUAGGUGAAGUGUCUGAAGACGAGACGUCCCCUUCAGGCUGCGAGUCUAACGCACAAGGACUCGGAGAUUCCCGAGGGUUCAUCGCGACGUCUCCGCCGUAGAGGACAUAUUUUAGAUUUAUGGAUUAUUCUAUUUAUGGGACAUUUCAUUUAUUUAGUUAUGUUUAUGCAUCAUUUGCCUUUUCUCCUCUUUCUUUUUUUUUUUCCAUAUCAUCUUUAACUCUUUCAGGUGUAACUGAAUGUAUUACAGAUCUGAAGUUUGUACAUUUCUAUCUAAUCUUUUUUUUUUUUUUUUUUAAAUAA